AUGGAUCUGGAGAGCGUACAACAAUUUGAUGACGUCCUUACGGAUCUGCUCUUGGACAAACUUUUCCUCUGGUUUAGAACUUUUAAACUGAACCCUGGCUACCGUGAGACCAAUAUCUCGCGUGGAAAUAUAAUUGACCUUGUGACACGCUAUGUCAUAACAACCAAUAAGCUAAACGAAGCCGUUCGCGAACUUUUGAGAAUUCCAACUGUCCGCGAAACUGCCGGGAUAACGGAAGAAACCGAAAAAGAUUUCAUAAUGCAUGCAAAACGUUAUCUAAUGAUGUACCUGCCAAACGCUGGAUACGAAAUUGCCGAAACCAGUAGAUAUUUGGGUUCUUCGAAACGUGAGGCCUGUAUCAUAGCCACCAAACCCUGGCAUAUUGGCGAUGAAAUAAAAUAUUGCACUGGAACUCUUGUCCAUUUAACUACUGAAGAAGAGAAAGCUCUGGAAGGAGGUCGUGACUUCUCACACGAUUGUCGACCAAAUACCGAGUUCAUUUCUGCCGGUCAAAACGCGAUAUCAUUUAAAUUUAUCCAGGAUGUGAACAUUGGAGAAGAAAUCACGGCAUACUAUGGUGAUAACUAUUUUGGUACCGGUAAUGCGGAAUGUCUUUGUGCCACUUGUGAACGCAAUCAAACUGGAUCAUUUCGAACUGCAGGAACUGCGGAAGAAGACCCAGUAAUAGAAGGACUUCGACCUUUUGUCUACGACGACACAGGAAAACUGGUUCGAAGAAGUUUACGCAGAAAUUUGGCUACGAACAGCUUCAGAUCAAGGCCCCUGAGGAAAUCUGGAAAGUCCAAAAAACAGCCAACGAUCGAGAUAUCGAAUACUGCGAUUGAAGGCGAAUGCAGCACCCAUUCUUCAAGUGAAGAUCCAAUGGCAAUUGAUAUUGAUGAGCAAGAAGAUAACGCAGACGAUCAAGCUACCUCCAUAUUGUCUGAUUAUGCACCCUCUCAUUCGUCUUAUGCGGAUGAUUGCGCCGCUUCAUCAAAUCUUUCGAUACCCGACGAAAACGCCUCCACAACUGAGUUUAACGCG